GCCAAUACCGACCCAUUCAGAUAAUCGGUUAAUUGUUGGUUACUCGAAAUAAAUAAAUGAUAAAUAAUCAAAAUCGAAUUCUUGAUACGCGUGUGCAUUCCAAGGAAUCUGAGAAAGAAAUGGCGACGGAAGUAGAAGAAGUGGUGGCUGAAGUUGAAGCUGUGGAGGCCGUAUAUGGAACCGAUUGCGUCCUUCUACAAUCCUUCCCUCCCCAUUUUCGCAUCUCCGUCAAGCCAAGAACCGCUGAUGUUUCCUUCGAACAGUUUGUAGAAGCCAUUGUAGACGUAAAAGCAGGCCCGCAGUAUCCGAAAGAACCACCUUCUGUCAAUCUUGUGGAUUCCAAGGGUCUGGAUGAAAAGAGACAAAAGUAUCUGUUGAAUUACAUACGAAGUAAAGCUAAUGAGCUCUCCCCUUCUUUAAUGCUUGUAGCUCUUUGCGAGGAAGCAGCAGAGAAGCUGUCAACUAUGAACCAUCCUGAUGGGGAUUGUCCGUUGUGCUUGUUCCCUUUGGUCCCUGAAGAUCAACAGAGUACAAAAUUGCCUUUUAUGAAGCUAAUGUCUUGCUUUCACUGUUUCCACAGUGAAUGUAUCAUUCAAUGGUGGAACUGGCUUCAAACUUCUAAAGAAGCAGACUCUGCUUAUUCAGCAAGUGCAACUACGCACCCUAACCGAGAUAAAAAUGGAAAAUUGGAAGAGGGAGUUGGAAACUGCCCAGUCUGUCGUAAGCCUUUUGAUGGAAAGGAUUUGGAUCAUGUGCUUGACUUAGUUGACUCGCAUUCUUCCCAAUUGAGAUUGGAAAAUGAUGAAGCCAAUGAUGAGGAAAACCUCCUUCAAUCUGAGGAUGAGAUCAUUAGGAGGAAGAAAUUUGAAACCAUCUUAAAUUUACAGAAGGAGAACAGUGGCUUGAUUGAAUCCAAGAGAGAUAUAGUAAUAGUGCCCGGUAUGUAUCUUCCGCAAUCACUAGCAGCGUCGAGCUCCACGCUAACGAAAGAAUCUGAUGAGCAACAAGAAAAGGAUUCACCUGCAGUCGCUCCAGGAAAACAUGAACCUAGCUCAAACAGGCCUAGCUCAAGUGGACAUAGGAAUUUUGGUGCAAGGAAGCAGAGAGCAGGUAACCCCCAUUCUAAUUCAACUGUAAGAAAUCCAAGAAAACCAGCCCAACAGUGGGUUAGGAGAGAUAAUCCUAACCGAAAGCAAUAACAGUCAUGUUUCUUACUGCAAUCUUUAUACGUCAUUUUAUCCUAGAAAAUAAAGUUAUUUAAGGCAGCAAUGAUUUGAAGUAACAAAGCAAGGUACCAAAAGAGAUAGAAAAAGACAGGAAUAGUUUUCUUUUCUUUUCUUUUUUUUUUUUCCUUGAGUUGGUGGUAUAUGUGCAUAUGGUGCUUAAUUUAUCUGCGCCUUCCUAUGUUGUUGUGGUUUAUUUUAUUUUUUUAUUUGUUCUUACAUCAUAGUUUUUUUGGUAUUUAGAGAGGUCUAUACUUGUAAUCUACUGUCGGUUUGCUAUGGAACUGUAACAUCAAGCAUACAUUUUCUCUUGAUGGUAUUUUCUUAAUAAUGAAAAUUUUGUAGUGAAAUGAAAUGUUAUUCUCUGGUCG